GGUGACCCCGAAUCGAUUUCGUCUCCCCACAAAGCUUGGGGAUACAUAUAUUAGCAUGGCUCCCGGCGGCAACCAGCGAUGGUGAGGCCAGCCGGGAGAUCGCGAUUGUACCAGCACUGGAAGGGGAGAAGCAAGUUCUACUGCGACGGCCGCUGUAUCACCGGGGGCGAGGUCGAGUGCCCUAUCGCCUGCCUGGGGGGCUUGAGCUGCGCCAGCUUGGGCGCGUGGCUUUGCAUUCUCCUGCCCAGCUGCGGGUACUUCGUUUUCCUCUUCCCCAGCUUGUACAGGCAAUGGGGGCCGAAGCUGCUGGCUGCUGCGUUGGUGCUCUUCACCAUGACGGUGGGCUUUCUGCUUGCAACCUGCUGCAGCGACCCGGGCAUCAUUCCGCCCCGGCGGAUUGUCUUGCUGGCAGGCAGCCGUGAGCAUCUGAAGCAGCAGCUGGGCUAUGACCUGCUUGGGCCCGCCGGUCUGGAGCCCUCUCAUGACCAACUCAUCGAUGCCGAGACCAUGGUCCCUGAGCAUCUUCGAAAGCAGGGUUACCGGUGGUGCAAGACCUGCGAGAUUAUUCGGCCCCCGCGGGCAGCUCAUUGCAAGGACUGCGAUCACUGCGUACUUCGCUUUGACCAUCACUGUCCCUUUGUCAACAACUGCGUGGGACAGCGGAACUACCAUUACUUCUUUGCCUUCACCACCUCGGCACUGUUCUUCGCUGCUCUUGUCCUGCCAGCGUUCAUGCGGGCCUUUUCGGGCGUUUCUGGUGAUGCGCCUGGCUGGUAUGGUUGGAUAGUCACCGUGGGCUUUGUGGCCGUGGCGGCAAUCACCGUUCUGCUCGUGUGCCUUUGGCUGUAUCACUGCUGGCUCUCCUUGCAGGGGAAGACCACCAAGGAGCAUUGGCGGCGGCUGGAUUUCGACAGCGAGCCCACUUUGCUUGCGCUUCCGGGGCCCAGGCUGAUGCAACCUCGGCAGUGGGUGGAGAUGGUCGAGGAGGCAGAUGUGUAGCAUCGCGGACUGCAUGGGGCUGAGCACUGUCUAGCUGGAUGUUCCGAAGCUGUUCGAAAACAUGCGAC